CUUUCUAUUUCGUGUCGCUUUUUGGCGGUUUUAGGCUUUUCGGUUUCGAACAUUCGCUCGAAUUUCUCUGACAAAUCUUUUUCUCUCUCUACUUUCUCUCUCUAUAAAAAUCCAGAUCUUGUAUUCGCUCACUCUCAUUAGGUUUUCUGACCCUAGGGUUCAGUAGAUCGGACUGUUUUCAGCUACUCGGGGUGUCCGUACCGAUGAACGAGGAAACAGUAUGAAGGUACCAACCCAAGUUGAAAAGCAUAACUGGACAUGGUACAAGAAGCACCUUCUCUUAAGAAGUAUGUGAACAUGAAAUGCCAAAGGGUUAACGAAGAUGAAUCUUUUGUUCCUGCUUUGGAAGAUGAAGCAAUUGAAGUUGAGCAUUUACUUGCUGAACCUAAAAAUGAUAAUGUCUCUGUGGAUGGUGUUUUGUCUCUAAAGAAGUGCUUGGACAUUGAAGAUAUUCCUGGCAGAUUUGAGUGUGGCCUAGAAAGCCAUAGUGGUGGGAUGGAUUCAAAUACUACUCGGGAAGGGGAAGAUGAGCUAAAACUUGGAGUUUUUGAUGGAAUGCUGCAUGAAGUUGCAGAAGUUGGGGAUCUUCAUGCAACAAAUAGUCUAUCUGGUGCUUGUGAAGAUUAUCUUUUGGAUAUUGAAUUUGCUGAAACAGUUUCAGAACUGGACAAUGGUCCUUGUGCAGGAUCACACCUGGGGAACUCAAGUUCUGAGAGUCAUUCUCCAGGAUUUAGCGGUAGUGAUAAUGGUGCUGUUGGGAUAUCAGAAUCAUCAACAGGAACCAUUCCAGUGCCUGAAUGUGGGAAUAAUCUUGACAAGAUGACCAUUUGUACUUUACAUGGCACUUCUAGAAGCAAAUGUGAGUGUAAAAUGCUUGUUGAGGGCAAGAUGGAGCUGCAAGGCUCUGCUUUUAAUUUACAGAAUCCUGAUGGAGUGGAUAAUGUUUCAAACUUGGUGAGUGGUAUACCUUUGGUUGAGAAUCGAAAGGACGUGACUUUCACAAAUUUGCAAUAUAACAAGGCUAGUUCAAUAGGCCAAGGUAUGAAAAAGGAGAGUUUUGCUGGCCGGAAGGGAUCAAGAAAGAGAUCUGUUGAAGCAAGUGACGUUGGGAUGCUUCUUUCGGAGAAGAGGAUGCGAAGACCCACUCGGAGGUAUAUUGAAGAAUUUUCAGAUCUGAAGUCAAAAUCUAACAGGGGUAGGCCAAAAAAUUCCACUACUACUACAAAGAAUAAGCUUCUAGGGAACAGGCAUCGCAGUGAGACUCAUCAUAAGGGAUUUAGUGCAGCACCAUUGGUUCCUAGUGGGUCUUAUGGUAGAUCUAGUGAUCAGACACCAUUUGAAGUUGGGGUGCAGAAAGGAUGUCUAAAGAAGUAUGCAUCUAUCUCGGACCUUGACUCCGAUGAGGAAUCUUCCCCAGCUGAGUCUGAAGAUGACUGUAUGACAAUAAAGAGACCUGAAACUAGCGGUGAUCGAAGGAAGCAUCAAAGGCUAUGGACUCUUUCCGAGGUGAUGAAGUUGGUCGAUGGUGUUUCUCACUAUGGAGUUGGAAGAUGGACUGAUAUAAAGAGACUUCUUUUCUCAUCAUCUGCUUACCGGACACCUGUGGAUUUGAGGGACAAAUGGCGGAAUCUUCUAAGAGCUAGCUGUGCCCAAUUACAGAGCAAGAGAGAGGUAGAGCAAAAAAGGAAGCAUGCCAUGCGGCCCUUACCACAGACUCUGCUACACCGUGUUAGCGAACUGGCAAUUAUUCAUCCAUACCCAAAGGGGAGCAACUCCAAGCUUCCACAUGUUGGCCAUGUUACUUCUGCCAUGCUUCCGACUACAAGUAAAGAUGCUCCUUCCAGCCUGGGUAGGAGACUGGUACCUCGGAAAAACUGUACUUGAUAGCUGAGCCCUUCAUGGCAGCUGCAGCAAAGCAAUAGGCGAUAAAAUUUACUUAAAAUUUGUUGUAAAACAACAAACUUUUUGUUAGCUUCGACAUGCACAUGUGCAUCAUAUUUUCGGAUUUUAGAAUACAAUGGAUGAAGAAUGUCGUGUAUGUUGCCUAAGUUAAAUCUAAAAUUUCAAUGUUACAAGUCAGGAAGGUAGCUAGCUGAGUGAGUUAUUUCAUUUUUUAUUUUUAUUUUUUAUUUUACAAUUUCCCUGUGAGGAAGUUUAGGGUUCUUUUUCUUUCCCCUUGAAAGGUGAGAUGAUGUCCACUGUGGUGGCAGCUAAUGACUUCCCGUGCAGGUAAAUUUGUUUUUCGA